AUGGAGCGUAAGUACAAACUCCACCCAUGGCCUCCUUUUACUGUGUUGUUUCCUUUGCCUUUUCUCAUUGAUAUUCCUUCCUAUGAUGCAGUGGUUUCUUGGAUGCCUGGUGCAAUUCUGAACCUUGAGGGCCUAGGAGACCAUGCCGCCAUGAGGCCCCCGUCUGGGGAGGAUGAGGUUUCACCCCCGAUCCCGAAGACGUUGAAGGAGAAGAAAAGAAAAAGGAUCUCGCCCUCCGAUACUCCAAAGUCUAAAAAGAGCAAGGCUCGUAAGUCAAAGAAUGAUACCGCCUCCCUGCCUGCCGAUAGCACCGAGGUCCCAAAAGCCAUUGAGCCGCUGACGAUCAAAGAGGUUCAGCCUCGGACCGAAGGGAUCUCGGAGGGUGGCCCGAGAAAAGUCCCUGAGUCCUCGGAGGUUGAAGAUGCCUCCCACCAUGAUGAGCAAUCAGCGGAUUUACCUAAAGGGGCCAGUUUUGAGGCCCUUCGAAACGAAAAGAAUGCCCCAAGUGACUUGCUUGGGGAAAUAGACGUUGAUGAUUCGCCUCCCCUCCCCACAUUCUCCGAGGAGAAAUUUCAGGAGGCCCAGGCAAUGGAGACCCCCAAUGUACGAAUGGCCCAUAAAGGGGAGGACCUCUUUCACGGUUACUUCAUGGGAGUCGAGAAUGCUUUCGAUAUGGGUGAUGCAUCGAGUAUCUUCGAUGAGGCUCAUCGACUCCUAAGUCAGGUUCAGCAGAAGGCCAAAAAGAUCGAGCAACUUCGUGAGGAGGCCAAGAUGAAGGAGGUAGAGACUUUGAGGUGGAAGCAAAACAUGGAGCGCCUUGCUUCGGAGAAAGAUACUGCUCGAGCCCAGUUGUCUUCGGCCGAAUGUAAACUCCAAAGCAUGAAGGAGGAGAGCUUGGUCGCAGCCAAUAAAAUUGAGGAGCUCAAGGCUCAGUUGGUCGCUGAGUUUGCAAAGGCCACAUCUGAGGCAGAAAGAGUAAAGGCUGAAGUUGAGGUGAUCGUGGCCGUCUAUCGAGCUGAUGCUAAAGCUGCUCAAGUUCGAGCAAAGGAGUCUCGAAGAGAGACUCUUGAGGAGAUACAUGCUUGUGGCUUUGACCUUACUAUCGAUAUUGAGAACGCGAAAAUACUCGAGGACGAAUCCAAAGCAAUGGUCUCUUCUGAUGAUGAUUCUGGGAGCUCGAGUGAAUCCGAGAGUGGAGAGGAUGAAGAUGAGGCUCCCGGGGAAGAUUAG